UCACGUUGGGGGAAUCGGUCUGGUGUCUUUUUAACAUAAUACUUUGACAAUCCUUCGAAAGUAGACGCUGUGUAUCCACGUCGAAGCCGUAUUACACUCGAUAUCCGAGCUUCUCGUUUCUGGCCUUUAAGUAGAACGAAAAAUUCGAAAGCUUUCUAUUGUGCUUCGAACUGGAAUUAUUUUUAGCAGUGCUUGCAGCUAUUUUCGAGACGUGAGGUGAAAGUGGAAGUGCCUUUUCGGAGAAAGUUUCGUAGGGGAUUUCUUCUCGGUUGUCACCAAAUCACAGAAACAUUUCGAUACAAGACUGUGUUAUGCUGAAAAUAGAGUAUUUCUGCAAAAAAUGUUGACGGUGAUGUGUCCAAACUGUCGUCACCGAUUUCCAGCUCCAGGUUGUUGUGAACCACAAACCAUGGACGAGGAUAAUACUCUAAUUCAUCCAACGACCUGUUAUUAUGGUGGCCUACUAGUUCCUAAAGGCUAUACCAGCGGUGGUGGUUGUUUUAUAAAUGCUCCAACUAUUAUUCAUAGUCAACCAGUUAUCAAUUCUUUUAACUAUCCAUCAAUGACACUUGACUUGGAGAAACCAAGAAUUGAUAAACAAAAGGAAAAUUUCCUCCAAAGAUAUGAGAAUAAUACACAAGUUCUUGGAUUUCCAUUAAUCAAUGAAGAAAUAAGAAAGACUCAAGGUUCCGGAUGUCAAAUUACUACAAGUUGUGACUUAACUGGAGGAAGUGUAACAAUAACAACACCGAAUAUACAAUCUGGAGGCUGCUUAAUUCAAAGUACAGAUGCUGGAACUCUUAUACAAACACCACAUAUGGAAAUCCGUCCAAAAUUGUCUGGUGGUGGAUGUUUUGUGCAAAAGACGUUAUCAACUGAUAAUCAGGAAGCUUCUAUUGUUCUUCAUGAACAAAGAAAUCACGAAGGAAUCGUAAACGAUGAAAGGAUGUUUUUAAUACCUCCAAGUGGCUGCCAGGAAUUACCUGGAACUCGAAGAAAUAUUCUACCACAAAAAACAGAGGAGGGAACAUCAUUAGGAAAUUGUGAGGAAAAUUCAGUUUUUUCGAAUUUUCAAGUGACUAAUGUGCCAGUGAUGCAAUUUCAGCAAGCUAAAAGUUCUAAAAGAAACGAACAAGAAUUGGAACGAGGCCAAAACUUUAAUUGCUGUUGUAAUAAUGUUCAAAAUCUUUAUCAUGUCAAAUCAAAUAACCUCCAAGUUUCUGAAAAUCGUAACUCUAUGGUUUUGGAUUCUAAUUCAGGAGUACAGAUUCAAGUAAAUGCAACUGUACAGCUUCCUGCAAGUUUAGGGCAAUGUACAGUAAACAUAACUGCAACUACGACCAAUUCACCUAAUUCUUUGUCAGGUAUAUCUUCAAGAACUAAAAACAAUUUUAACGGUGGAGGUUUAGUGCAGAAAAACGAAACUCAGAAUAAUGAAGAAAAUUUCAAUGAUAGAAGAGAUAGAACUCCAACUACGCCAGUCUCUUGGUUAAUGCCAUGUCCUUGGAGUUUUGAUAGUUACAUGAUGGACAAAGAUGCAGCUAGACUAAGCGAAGUUAAAAGACUUUUACAAACUUGUGGUUGGUAUCACGAAGGUCUUAGUUGGCAGCAGAGUGAAAAUCUAUUAAAAAAUACUGCAGUUGGUCGGUGGCUAAUGAGAGAUAGUUCGGAUAGCAGAUACAUGUUUGCUGUGUCUGUACAGACUGCUAGAGGACCUACCUCUGUUAGAGUUCACUAUUUUGUGGGACAAUUUCGAUUAGAUGCUGAACCUAGACUUGCUUUUGCGAUUCCUCUUUUCGAUUGUCCAAUUAAAAUGCUAGAAUAUUAUGUGGAAUAUUCAAAAAGCGUUGAUGAACAUAGAAAAGAAGUUUGGGUAGAUUAUAGUGGACAACUUUAUAGUGAAAUUUAUUUGACAAAGCCUUUAGUUAAAGAAGUUAGGUCUCUUAGUCAUUUGGCCAGAUUAGUUGUUAAUAGGAGCAAAUUACCCACUAAACACUUGCCACCGUUAAUUAGAAAUUAUCUAGCGGAAUAUCCAUACACUCUUUGA